AGUAUUACUGACAGCUGAAUGGUGACAGCGCACUUGGUGGGGGGGUCACACCAACACGCAUGGAUCAAUGGCACAUUCACUUGUGUAUAGAGAGGAGUAUAUGAGAUACAAAAUUACUUGGAAUGUAUUGAUUCUGUCAGUGAGGAUAUUCUAUACACUUGCUGCAUCUCUUGACUGUUUGAAAGCAAAAAUUUAGCACUUUGAGUCAGGGAAAGUACUUCUUGUGUUAGAUAAACUUCGUCUGAACUUACUGGCUGCAAACACUAUUUGCUCCUCUUCAUCUGGAUUAACCAAGAACUUCCUACAGCGAAAAAUGUCAACCAAUGACUCUCUGCCAACAAGUCCUAAGACAUCCACUGAGUGGAAUCCAUUUAAAGGACCAUCAAAGUCCAUCGAGCCGUGGAACUUUCAACUCUUAACCGCCCUCAUGUUCCUGAUAACAACCAUGUCAAUCGUUGAGAAUGUUCUGGUCAUAGUUGUCACCUUUAAAUUUAAACAGCUGAGGCAACCGUUAAAUUAUAUCAUUGUGAACUUGUCAGUUGCGGACUUUUUGGUUUCCAUCAUUGGCGGCAGUAUCAGCAUAGCCACUAACAGCAGAGGUUACUUUUUCCUGGGACCCUGGGCUUGCGUGGUUGAAGGCUUUGCCGUAACUUUUUUUGGAAUUGUGGCAUUGUGGUCUUUGUCCAUCUUGGCUUUUGAGAGGUACAUUGUGAUUUGCAGGCCACUGGGAAAUCUCCGUCUUCGAGGGAAACAUUCUGCAAUCGGUAUUCUGUUUGUAUGGGUCUUCUCUUUCAUUUGGACUAUUCCUCCGACUAUGGGAUGGAGCAGCUAUACAACAAGUAAAAUUGGAACCACGUGUGAACCAAACUGGUACUCAGGAACACUGAACGAUCAAACCUACAUUAUCACAUUCCUUACAACAUGCUUUGUGCUACCUCUGAUGCUCAUAUUUGUGUCUUACGGAAAGGUAAUGAGGAAGCUGAGAAAGGUAUCGGACACACAAAGCAGAUUGGGGUCUACCAGAAAACCAGAGAAAGAAGUCACACGCAUGGUUGUAAUAAUGAUCCUGGCUUUUCUCAUCUGCUGGUCGCCAUACGCAGCCUUCUCUAUACUUGUCACAGCAAACCCUUCUAUUGAGCUGGACCCACGUCUCUCAGCAAUCCCAGCAUUCUUUGCAAAAACUGCUUCCAUGUACAACCCUGUCAUUUAUGUAUUUAUGAACAAACAGUUCAGACGGUGUCUGCUUCAGAUGAUGCACUGCAGCAACCUAGAACCUAAGGAGUCUACCAACCUGACAUCGGAGAGAGUGGUGCUGAGCCACAGCCACGGGGGUGAAAUGCGUGCUAUAGCAACAAAUAUAUCUUCCAACAAUAGCAAAAAGACUGACGAUGAGCAGAGUAGCUGCAAUUCUUUUGCUCAGCUUCCCAUAUCAGAAAACAAAGUAUGCCCAAUGUAAAUGGCUACCACCAUACACUAUUGCAGAGGAGGAAUGGAACUUUGGUUUACUCACGUGUAUCACAAAGUCCUCUAUAAUACAAAAGUGCAGUCUUAUAUCACCUGUAAUACACAUUCACAUAACGGCACUGUGUUACAGGCAGAGCAGUGAUUAGCGAAUGAUCUUCAUACUGCAAAGAAGAGGGUCAACGUUUUUGUGGGCAGAAUGCAGAGGCUGGACAAGGGGUAGGAGAUGAUUGAGCGUAGCCAGUAGGGUAGGUACUUCUGCGCCUUUUACAUAAGUCACCUGCUCUCACCUAUUCUCUUAUACAGAGUUCUGUUCCAUCAGUUAUGUGUAGUUAUAGUUAUCAUAGAUGGCUUUAUCCUUGCCUAAUAAAGUUUAAACAGAUUAAGAAACAUGGCGCAUGCACAUUGCCACCACAGUGCUUAUGGUAACAUGUUUGACAUUGUAUUCUACUGUUUAUAUUAAACGGUUAACAAGGAUCUGUGAAUAUAUAAUAAAGUUAUGUACUACU